AACAAUAUAUUUACUUUUUAUUUUUUAAUAAUGAUAUCAUUUAAUGAAGCUUAAUCAGUUAACACAGGGCAUUCAUGUUUGUUUUUUUAUAGUACACAGCAAUGAAAGUGUCAAUUUAAUGUUAUUGUAUGUUGACACUAGCCAUUUUGGACAUUCGACCUUUUGUAUUUAUACGUCGGUUUAAUUAUACUACGACCACGUACUGUAGAUCGAUUUGGGCUUUCUAGUCGCGAACUCGAUCCAACAGCUGCACGACCUAGUACGGGUGGGUGAUCCAUCAUGGUACGAUCAUGCAGCUCAUCCGACGACACAUCGUCGGCCAAGUACGAGUUCUCAGAUUCGGAUUCCGAUCACAAGCGGCGUGGCAGAAGUAGUCGUCCCCGCCGUUUACCGACCAGCAACAGCAAGAACGCUGUAGCUGCCCGUAUAAACCGCAUGAAACAAAAACAGUAUGUCAAGGACUUGGAGCAAAAGAUGUCGCAGCUUAAACGUGAGAUCAGGGGUGUGAAACGGGAGCUGAAAGAACGUGAAGAGAAGUGGGCGAGCAGCCGCCGACAGGUGGCCUAUUUGCGUGGUAUGAUUGCCAACAGUCAUCAGAUAGGCGGUCUAUUGCGUAACAUACGCUGGAGAAAUAUCAUCCCACAAGGUAGUAAUAUUGACAAGACUCUUAACGAAUUAAACUCUGAUGCGAGUAUUGACCACUUUCCUAUUACCACGAGCCAUAGUCUGUUUGAUGGUUAUUUUGAUUUGUUAGAGGAAAGAGACAGCAAUCACCCUCAUAUGGUGCCUCCUCCAGUUGCACCUCAAGAAGAUGAGGGCUGGGCAUUGUUAGAUGGUAUCAACCCUACUACGACUGAGCUAUUCCAAGAAACCGUCCCAUCUAAAUAUGUGUCAGUGUGCACAUUGCUACCGUAGAAAGACGGUUGUAUGCCUACAUAUUCAUGGUGUAAAUGAUCUUAUUAAUUAAAAGAAGCUGUGAUCUCACAUGUACAAUAUUACAUGCCAAAUCUUCAAAUUAGGCAUAAGGUAAGAAAUGUUUUUGAUUUUGAUUAAUUAUCAACUUAAAAUUACUUUAAAGCAUUUAGCGUGACCAAUUUUCUUAUUAAAGG